AUUGCUGCCGGUCACUUUUAAGGACUUGGAAGGUGUUGUUUGGCCUUGGUCACCUUGCCGCGAUGUGGUUCGAGAUUCUCCCCGGGCUCGCCAUCAUGGGCACGUGCAUACUCAUCCCCGGAGUCGCCACUGCGCGCAUCCAUAGGUUCAGUAACGGGGGCAAGGAAAAAAGGGUUGCCUAUUAUUCAUAUCCGUGGACUUUGAUGGAAAGAGAUAGGCGCAUCUCUGGAGUUAAUCGUUACUAUGUGUCAAAGGGUUUGGAGAACAUUGACUAAGGAAGCAUUUUCCUGAUUGAUGAAAAAAUAACUCAGUUGUGCUCAUCUAUCCCUCCUAGAAGGUUAUGCAGUGUAUUGUGUAAUACGUAAUAAAAAUUAAAAAGUAAAAUUAAA